UUGCAUAAUCUCGACAGCUACACGUCGACAGUCAUGUUGCGUAGAUCGGUCAGCUUAUUAGCGCCGUUCCGUCGUCAUUCUUCAGUGUCCAUCAUGAACAGCAACAGAGUGGUCGUAAACGUGCGUGAAGGAAAGUUAAUCGGUAUCAUCGACGAAAAUAUUCACGGUGGCAAUUACAUAGCUUUCCGAGGAAUACCGUAUGCAAAACCACCGGUCGGUAAACUCAGAUUCAAGGAUCCGGCACCGCCGGAACCAUGGUCCGGCAGCAGAGAUUCUUCAAAACAUGGAAACGUCGCCGUUCAGAAGGAUCUUACCACGCGCGAAAUGAUCGGCGACGAGGAUUGCCUCUACUUAAACGUGUACACCGCAGACAUCGAAUCAUGGAGAAAAUGUCCGGUUAUGGUGUGGAUACACGGCGGCGGUUUUAGCACAGGUUCCGGCGAUGCAUCCAUUUACGGUCCCGAUUAUAUUGUCCGGAAGGACGUGGUAUUGGUCACGUUAAAUUAUAGACUAGGCGUUCUCGGUUUCUUAAAUCUUAACGAUGAAGUGGCAACGGGCAAUCAAGGUAUAAAGGAUGUUGUCAUGGCAUUACGAUGGGUUCAAAAGAAUAUAUCAAAGUUCACUGGAGAUCCAGAAAAUGUCACCAUCUUUGGCGAAAGCGCUGGCGGAGCCAUCGUACAUUAUUUGACUCUGUCUCCAUUAAGUGAAGGUUUAUUUCACAAAGCGAUUUCGCAAAGCGGCGUCGCCGCAAAUCCUUGGGCUUUUAAUGAAUGGGCAAAUAAAGCGAUGAACAAAGGUUUCCAAUUAGCCGAGUACCUCGGCAGAGCGACCUCAGAUCCGAAGGUCGCCUGUGAAUUUCUCAAAACGAUCGACGCGAGGAAACUCAGAGAAGCCGAACAGAAGUUGCUGACAAAAACAGAAUGUCUACAACAUGUAAUAGCGUUUACGCCUAGUUUAGAUCACGAAUCGCCGAAUCCAUUUUUCCCGGAACAUCCAAGCACGUUAAUACGCCGUCAAGUUAAAGUGCCAUAUAUUUUGGGUUGUAACAGUUGCGAAGGAUCUUACUUUGCAUGCAGCAACCUCAUCAGACGCUUAAACAAGGAGACUUUUAAAGAAAUGGAUUCCGAUUUCAAGAAGACCAUCUUACCUAGAGUUUUGUCUACACUACCACAGAUACCGAUCACAGUCGAAGAAUUACAAUUUUUAUACUUUGCUAAUAAAACAGUGUCAGAAGAAACUCUAAUUAAUUACGCUGAUUUUUUAGGCGAUGUACUUUUUUAUCGCGGCAUUAUGGAGAUAGCCGAUACUCAAAUGAGCUCUGAUGCUAAUGAGCCGACCUACUUGUACACAUUUUCAUAUGAAAGUGAAACUUCUCCCUGGAAGAAAUUCUUAAACAUUACGCUUCCAGGUACAACUUUGUUAAUUUAUUCAAGUUCACUUAUAAGAAUCAUUGAUCCUUAACAGAUACAAAUAUGC